AGAAACGUAAACAGCUAGCAUCAGCGCGGACCACGGAGCAGCAUCCGGUGACUGUGAGUCUUGUAGGACGUUUUCUACAUCUCACAUCCUCAGCUGAGCAGAUCUACGUUGAGCUGCUCGUUUUGUUCUGCCUUCAAACUCAAAACAUUUGUUGAUUCAAGAUGAUGUGUCCCUGAAACUGUGGUCAUGUUCGGUUCAAGAUAAGGAGGUGCACUUGUUUUGACAUCCUUGGCACAUGGUGGAUGCAUGGACCAGUAAUAUCUCACUAAAAUUUUUGAUCUUUGAUUUUUUUUUUUUUUAGAUAAGUUCAAGUAAAAAUUGAGUUUUGUUUUGUGAAGCCGGUGCGUCAGCACUCAGCAGUUUGGCUGAUCAUGGCAGAAUCCAGCUCAAAGACGACAGCGCCGACAGACUGUCUGAUCGAACGCAGCAAAGAGGAGCCAAGUCUCAGCACAGAGAGCUUUUCCAAAGAAAUGGUUGUGACCACAAAAACGGAGGAGUCAGACCACGGAGCCAAAGUCCCGAGCAGCAACAGCCCUCUUCCUGUCUCUGAUGAGGAGGCCACGCCCACUCCACCUGAGUCAUCACCCAGUCUUUCUGAAAACGAGACGCUCACCAUGGUCACCACAGAGGAUGAAGCACUUUCAGUUCCACUCGGACAUAAGACAGGAGGUCCAGACAGAGGAGGAGAGUCUGGCUUGGACCAAGACCUGGAUGAGAGUUCUUCAGUGAUGACGACGGGCGGCUCCGAUGAUCAGCGGGAAUCCACCGACUCUGCGUCGUUCUCCAUCCCCAGCCUGGAUCUUUCAGACGGGGUCAUAACCGCAGGGAACUCUCUGGACAUAGAGGACGGCUUGUCCUCGUCCAACUUGGCUGCGGGUGUCCAAGGCUGCUCUCCGUCCACUGAAGUUCCCAGUCUAAAGGAGGGUGAGGCGCUGGAAACUGCAGGGGGCGCUGGUGUUGUUGCAGAAGCUUCUGCUGCAGCCGCGCCUGCUGUCUCAGAAGCCGGACCCUCCAUGCCGGCAUAUUACCUGGUGAAGUGGAUCACGUGGAAGGAGAAGAAGACCCCCAUCAUCACUCAGAGUGAGAAUGGACCCUGCCCCCUGCUGGCCAUUAUGAACACGCUCUUCCUGCGCUGGAAGGCCAAACUUCCUGCUCAAACUGAAGUGGUCACUGCGGAGGACCUCAUGUCUCAUCUGGGAGAGUGCGUUUUGUCUGUCACUCCCAGAGAGAAGGCUAACGACGUGGAGCUAAACUUCCAGCAGAACAUGAGCGACGCCAUGGCCGUACUCUCGAAGCUGUCCACGGGUCUGGAUGUAAACGUGCGUUUCACUGGAGUCACGGACUUCGAAUACACCCCAGAGUGCAUCGUGUUCGACCUGCUGGACAUCCCGCUGUACCACGGGUGGCUGGUAGACCCUCAGAGCCUGGAGAUGGUUACUGCUGUGGGCAAACUGAGCUACAACCAGCUGGUGGAGAAGAUCAUUGACUGCAAACACUCUGCAGACAGCAGCCGAGUCAGUGAAGGUUUGGUGGCAGAGCAGUUUUUAGAGUCGACAGCGACUCAACUUUCAUAUCACGGUCUGUGUGAACUCAACACGACGGCUAAAGAGGGAGAGAUCUCGGUGUUCUUCAGAAACAACCACUUCAGUACGAUGAUCAAACACAAGGGCCACCUGUACCUGCUGGUGACGGAUCAGGGCUUCCUGCAGGAGGAGAGCGUGGUCUGGGAGUCUCUUCACAACGUCGAAGGAGAUGGAAACUUCUGCGACUCCGACUUCAGGUUGUGUCACCCUCCUGAGAGAGCUCCGCCCACCUCCCACCUGCCGCCCAGCGCCCAGGAGCAGCAGAGGCAGAUCGACCAGGACUACCUGGUGGCCGUGUCCCUGCAGCAGCAGCAGGGGGGGGCCCCGGGACCUCUCAGUGACCUGGAGUUGGCCCAGCAGCUCCAACAGGAGGAGUACCAGCAGCAGCAGCAACAACAACAACAACAGGGAUCAUCGCAGGCGGCGCACCAGGUCAGAGGUCAAGGGUCGCAGCAAGCCAGAAGAAGAGAGAAGGACUCGGACUGCGUCGUCCUUUAGCUUCGCCCUCGUGUGGAACACCUCAGAGCUCCCUGAGCUCGGUGUGUCGGCUGCAGCUCCAUGCCAAACCCGAGUGCUUU